UCUCGUCCGGGCCUCACGCUGAUCACCCCACGCGACACUUGUCUUUGCAACCCUUUGUCCUUCUUCAUCGAGCCAUCGUCCACAUUCACGUUCGCGAUACGUCGACGGUGAUCUCCGUUUUCUUCUCGUUCACCCUCCAUCUCGCGCGUUACAUCGCGAGACAUCCCGCGAUUCUCCGCACCAUCCCAUCGCCUUUCCGUACGGACGUCUGUCCAAGUCACCAAGCCAGAACUUCGGGGAUCAAAUUCGGGGAUAUCACAUCCCUCGUGCAAAUUCGCGGUCCCAUUCAGACUGACUCGAAGUCUACCGGUGCAAUAAAGGGGGUGAACAAGCGCGACGAAGUUGUAAGCCUCUUUUGCUGACUAUCUGCUCUCAACGAUCAUCUUCUUUGCUAUCUUCACGCUUUCAGUCCGAAAAUGAUGAGCUCGACGCUGAUGAUCCUCGUAUCCGUGACGACUAUGGCAGUCCUCUCCGGCGAAGCUCUCGCCGGAUCGCCUGGUAUUUCAUGCAACCCAGGAUUUCUUGAUGAACUUCCACCCAGAUUCCGUAAAAUCUGCAUGGCAUUCGCCAGAAUAUGGGACGUUAGGGACAUGAAUGACUUCAUUGACGACAAAGAAUAUCGAGAGAACUUACCGCGGUACGACAGCACUGUCAAGAGACAAGAUGUCGAUCAUGUUUUCUUGCGCUUUGGAAAACGACGUUAGAACCAGGCAUCACACUCUGCUCUCUAUUCGCAAGCGAUAAACGAUUCGAGUUACCCUUAAGUUUCUCAUUCAAUCAUUUCAUCGUCUAGAAAACUCAGCUCGUCAAUGGAAAAUGUAAAAAAAAAAAAGGAAAAAAAAAGAAAAGAGUAAGAGCAACAUCUCACCGAAAAAUGAUCUCGUUAAUAUCGCUAAUGGUUUAAUAAUUUUCAUUUUCAUUUUUGCUGUAUAUAAACAGCAUUUAAGAGACCAAAUUGAUCCUCUCGAGCGUUCUGACUCUGCGUGAAAGUAAGUGAAAGUAAUAUCUUGUUAAAUAUGGAUUUUACGCGCAUUAAAGCAAUUAGUUUUGCUCUCUUUGUUUGACAAAAGCGAAAACUUUAAAGGAACUUUAAUUAACAAUUAAACAUAUAUUAUAUUA